CUGGGGAGCGCGCCCGCCUCAUCAUCAUCCUUGUCCUCCAGCUUAUCCUUCGCGUCCGACGUUACCGGCAGCAGCGCUGCCGCCGCGUCCUCUGCCGCAGCCCCCUCUUCCCACGGAUGUGAUCUUCGUGGUGGGAAGCUAAAUUUUUAAACUACCCCAAUGGAUGCAGACAGUGAUGUUGCAUUGGACAUUUUAAUUACAAAUGUAGUCUGUGUUUUUAGAACAAGAUGCCAUUUGAACUUAAGGAAGAUUGCUUUGGAGGGAGCAAAUGUAAUUUAUAAGCGUGAUGUUGGAAAAGUAUUAAUGAAACUCAGAAAACCUAGAAUUACAGCUACAAUUUGGUCCUCAGGAAAGAUUAUUUGCACUGGAGCAACAAGUGAAGAAGAAGCUAAAUUUGGUGCCAGACGUCUAGCCCGCAGUCUGCAGAAACUAGGUUUUCAGGUCAUAUUUACAGAUUUUAAAGUUGUUAACGUUUUGGCAGUGUGUAACAUGCCAUUUGAAAUCCGUUUGCCAGAAUUCACAAAGAACAAUAGACCUCAUGCCAGUUAUGAACCUGAACUUCAUCCUGCAGUGUGCUAUCGAAUAAAAUCCCUAAGAGCUACAUUACAGAUUUUUUCAACAGGAAGUAUCACAGUAACAGGGCCCAAUGUAAAGGCUGUUGCUACUGCUGUGGAACAGAUUUACCCAUUUGUGUUUGAAAGCAGGAAAGAAAUUUUAUAAUUCACCACUUAAUUGGUUAGAAUCCCUAACUGAGCACCUUUUAAAACCUGCUGCACAUUGGACUCAGAACAAAAGGAAAACUGGACCAACAGUAACUGAGGAAAUAGACUCUUUUAUUCAUUCAUGGCUGCAGUGUAAGCUCCAGUCCCUUUGGAUUUCAUUUCAAACCUUGCUGUAAUAUAAAAAGGAAGUUUACAAGACAUGACAUUGCUGCUUUUACAAAAGGACAUUCUAUUUAUUUUCGCAGUAAUUCUCAUGUCCUCAUAGCAGAGCUGUCACAGUGUGCACUACCUUAAAUUGUUUCAUUUUGUCAUUGUUUUUUUUUUUUUUUUCCCCAGUUUGAGCUAAUGUGUCUUAUUUGUGAAUAGUCUUUUACAUUUUUGUAUGCUGAACAUGGGCACCAAAGAACCUGUAAAAGUUAUCUUUUUCAAUUGAAUGUGCACAAAUAAAAGUUUGGAAACGAUCUCUCUUCAUAUCCAUUCUAGAACUUUCAUUCCCCAUUUUCUAUUUUAACAAAAAUUGUAUUCAUAUUUUUUUUUUUUAACUAUGCAAGCUUAGACUUUUGCUAAAGUGUGUUUGCUCCUUUUCGAAGUGUAUUUUGUAUAUAUAUACAUAUAUGCCACAUGUAUAUAGUAUCUCUUUAAUGCUCUGUUACCAAAUAUCAAAUAAGACUUUGUUUCUUGCAGAUUAGAAAUGCAAACAUGUAUAUAAAUUCAAGGGAACAGGAGUAGAACUUUAUAGAUAAAGCAUAAUGUUUUAUGUUGCUAAUUUAAUAUGAUAGAAAAUGUUAAAUAACAUUUGAAAGUUAAGAAAAUUGUAGUUUUUAAUAGAAAACCCUUCUACCCAGAAGAUGGAUAUGAGAAAGAAACUGAUGGGUUGUACCUCAUGUACCUUUGUUAUUCUGGAAGGACUCUACUAUAGUUAUGGGAAAGUGACUGAGGUUCUUGACUCAUUAAACUUUGGUUGGUGCUCAAGGCUAUAUUAAGAGUCUUGUCAGAAGUUGAUAACAUUGUGCUGUUUUAAUAAGAAGUGCCCACAAGCUGCCUCUGUGCCACAGUGUAAUUACAAUAUAUUUCAACGUGAACUUGAAAGCCAUUUUGCGAGAUGUCUUUCCCAUUGCUGUGUCUUAUUUAAUGGAACUAAAGAGUGACUAUUCAGUAUAGUAUAUAAAGUGGGAUCGCAACUCUUAAUGUUAUAAUAAAUAUGCAUUUGUGAAGCAGUUUCUUUCUGGCUCAUCUGUGAGCCUGGAAUGGAAUGGUAAUACAGGCCUGAGCCGCAGCUGCGCUCUGCCGUGGUAAAACCAGCGGUGAUUUUACCUGCAAAUAAGGCUGAGUGGAAAGUUGAAUUAGCUUCUCAGUAGAAACUUUAUAGAGACAGUAUUCCAACACAACCUUCCACUAAAACCUGAAUUACCAAAAUGUUUUGAAACCUUUGUAAAAAAUUAUAACAUCUUAACCUCCACAUUUAGUGCCGUGUCCUUACCUUAUUAUAAAAUCUUGAAAAUUUAGUUGAAGCAUUGCACUGAACGAUACAUAGCAUUUUACGUGCAUUUUUGUUUUCUCAAUGCCUCCCCAGCCCCUGCCUCUCAUGCCCUCAAAAGUGGGGUCAAAGGCUGGCUUUUAUCUUCUUCCUUUUAAAAGACUUGUGAUUUUUCAGACGUUUAGUGUCUUUCUCUUUUUUUCCAUUGUGUUUAUUUACUUUAAAAUACAGUAGGAUAGCUAAUCUCAUAUAAUACAGAGAAUAGAAUUAGAUGGAAAUGUUACAGACUCUGGACUGGCUGUUUUAAAAAAUUGUUAUUAUUCAUUUAGUUUUAAUUAACAGUAACAAGUGAACUCCUGCUUUGCAACAUUCACCCCCCCCGAAAAAAAAAAAAAGGAAAGAGAAAAUAAAGCAUUCUGUAUGUGAGGUGCAUAUCCAGAUGUUUUAACAUUUUCAGUAUUUGAAUGACUUGAAAUUGGGUAGUAUCUCAUCAAAAUGCUUUAUCUGAAAAGGAGGCCAACAGUCUGAGCAGGUUCAGUUUCAGGGUGGCUCAGUGAGCAUCACCUGGCAGAGUGUCACUGGGUAAGCUACUAGAUCUCACAAAAGUGGUAAGAAGUGAUUGAGUGUGAUGUCUUCUGCUGGCUUUCCGCAAGUGCUGUAAAUUUUUUUAUAAAUAAAAAAUGUGAAUAUAUGCGUACAAAUCAAAA